GUUUCUGUUGUGGUUAUUUUAAUAUUAUCCAAUGAAGUGAACUUCAUUUUUUCAAUUCGAGUCAACAACUACGACACUCAUGAGUAAAGGGACAUACAUUACUACAGCACCACAUAUCGGGCCCAGUUGUGAAUCUAAGCCAGGAAUCCACUCAAAUGCACAUAUGAAAAUUCAUUUAAAUCUAUCUGGAAGGAAUUCAGAAGAUUCUAAAACACAUUUCUGUCCUAAACCACGAACUCUGUUGAAUCCUAAUUUUCACCGAAAUAGAUCCAGCCAUUUGGAGUGUAAAUCAAUUACAUACUCACGGACAGCUAAAAUUAAUUCGAAUAGUAUGUAUUCGAAAAUUAUUCUUUGUUGAAUCAAAUAGUAUAGAACUCGGUAGUUUCUAGUAUUUGGUUGAAUGCAUCCAUACUCGAAAUGACAUUUGACUGACAUUACCUUGACAUUGACGUUUGACAACGCGUAUAACCUAAAAACAUUUUUUGUUACGAUCAAAACAAUUAGAGAAAUAUUAAUAAAACAAAAUGUUACUUCUAUAUUUAAUGAGUAUUUUGUCUUUUGUGUUGCAAGCGGUGUUUGUGACGUUAGCAAUAGCGGCUGGCUUGUAUUAUUUAGCGGAAUUAGUAGAAGAAUAUACUGUUAUGACUAGAUAUGUGAUCACUUGGACAGUGAUUAUAACAGCUGCAAUCCACAUUCUGUUAAUGAUAUUUGAGGACAUACCGCUACAUCUCAACGCUCUGGGUCUGUUCCAACAGUUGUUACAUGUGGUACUCUUGAAAGAAUUCCCUGUGGUUCGAGUGACCAGCUUUUCUUUCAUAACAGCGGUCUCCACACUGGUUUUACACCACUAUUUGGCAUUGAAGUACUUCGGAACAGUGUUUUAUAACUUUUCAGAGGUACUGGCAUACUUCACUUUAUGUUUGUGGGUUGUGCCGCUGGCUCUCUUCGUGUCGCUGUCAGCAAACGACUAUGUGUUGCCCACAACCAGUGACGAGAGACAAAGCUUGUUAGGCGACAACAACGUAGUGACAGAUUAUCUGUCUAGAACGUCCAAGAAGUACAGCUUGUUAUCCUUCUUUAGUUUUGCAAAGGAAUCAAUUCUACCGCAAAGGACGAAGAAAGCCUUUUGAACUAAUAUUACUACUGAUCUCGUGUCAUCAAUCCUUGUUUGCGGUCGAUGAAAAUUUGCUGCUUUUGGGAAACGACGCUUACGGCAACGAUAUGAAGUUUCAUGUCAAACAAAAGUAUACCUUAAGUCGUCCCAAUAUGUGUGAUAAUCAUAAAAUAAGAUUUUCUUUUCGUAUAAACUAACUCUGUAAUUAUUUUCGUUAUUUAAUUUAUUAAUGGUUCAAUAGGAAUGGGGCUCAAUUCGUAUAUUUAUAUGAGGCAAUAAUUAAAUGUUAUAUUACAUAAUUAGUUUCGUAAAGUGAUUAUAGCUAUGUACACAUACACUAGUCAAUCUGUUCCCAUUAUCCCUUUUUAAAUAAACGAUUUUUAUUUCCACUGUCCCUUAUAUUUUUUUUAAGUUAGCUAAUUGUAUUCUCAUUGGCCCCUUUUAUUGAUUGUUACAUUCUUUUUUUCCCGAUAAUUCCAUUAUUAGUAAAAUGCUAGGCACAAUAUUCCUGUUGACCCCUCAUAGUAAAUAGUAAUUCAGUAUUUUACCAGUGGGUCUACAUCCUUUUUUAUAAUGUCGCUUAAAAUUAAUUACUAAAAACGCUUCAUAGGAAGGUAGUCAAUUUAUAAAGAUCGUUAUGACAAAACGAUUUCCUCAUUUUAGUUAAAAAAUCAAAUCAGUAAUAUGAGAGAGAGAUAUCUUUAUCAAAGUAAAACUUUUAUUACAUCACCACAAUUUUUUUCGUACAUCCUUAACAUGUCGCUUUAUAUUUAUGAUUGUUGUAAAAACUUAUCAUGCAACGGUGGUUCAAUUUCAGAAAGCUUGCCUGCCACGCUGGCAGCCGGGGUUCAAUUACCAGCCGAGGAAAUACUUUUUUAAUUAUUUAUUUUAAAUGUUUCACUUGCAACGUGGUUUCAUAAAGCCACACAAUUUUUUAAACCGUAGAUGGAGGACCAAAAAUUUGCUAUUUCUCGCUUACCCGUGCUUCGGAAUCAGAAGGCACUUUAAGCCGUUGGUCCCGGCUGCCUCUGAUUUUUUGGGGUUGUAAGUUCAACCCAAAAUUAUUAUUUUUAAAAUCACUGUCGAAAAAAAAAGCCUACUUAAUCGUCAGUGAUUUUAUAUCUUGUAAGAAAUGUUUGAAAUAAAUCAAUUCUGCUUUGGGUGACUCUCAGACGGGUCUGAAAGUCGAAAUCUUUUCUUCUUGUUUUAGGGCAACUGCUUUGAGGCUCUGAAAUCUUAAAGAGAAUUUUGUUUUCGGCGACAGAAAUAACAAAAAAUUGUGUUCGAUUAAGUUGAAAAUGCAAAUGACCAAAUUAAGUCACCAGAGGCUUUUCAAUCAAUUAUUCGAGUUAAAUGUGUUUUAGUUAGAUAUGAACUGUAAUGCAAGCAAUAAAAAUGUAUUGUAACUAACUAGUUUACCGUGUACUGUACAUAUGUACAAUCAGGUGCUAUAAUUUGGGAUCCAUUCAUUGAUAUUUUUUUAGUUGGAAUUAAGAACAGUAAUAAAGUUCGUAAAAAAAUACAGAAGGACACUGGCAUUUCGAAAUUAUGGCAAUGCGAAUUUUCACAAUGAAGUCAAAAUUCUCCGAUUAAUAAAUCGUUGACACUUACUUCAUGUGAAAAUCUUUUCAAAAUUAUAUAGGUAAUUUCGUUUUUGAUUUUUUCAUUAUCAGUCAGUGUCAACGAUAUUCAACCUCAGGUGGAUCUCAAACUAAAGAACGUGACUGUAUAGAUAUUCCCAUUGUCCCUCUCGCGACUAAAUUUUGAGUUAGUGGGUCAAUGCCCUUAAUAUGUCUUAAGUCACAUGUGGAGCAGAGGCGUACAGGCCAUUUACAAUUUCUAUCCCCUAGAAUUAGUAAAUAUCAUCAAAAUUUAGUUCAGUUUAGUAACGAAUGCCUUUAUAUUUUCGUCGCCCCUUCGUAAAACCUGUCGGCCAAAUAAUGAGUUGCAAUAAUUUCAACUCAUUUUUGUAAAUAGAUAAUGUACAUAAUGUUGUGUAAAUUAUUGAACUUUUGUAUGUGUUGUGAUAAUAAAUGAUAAUUUAUAUAAAAUUUACUUUAUUUUUCAUUUUAUUUUGUUUAUAUACAUCCUAUACUCUAUCCAACUUCCUCUGAGACAAAAGGUAAACAAAUAAGCCAAUGCUAAAACUUUUUUAUCGAGAAUAAAGAAGGGCAUCGGUUUAACGAAACGAUUCUCUAUAACACUACUCUUCACCUUAGUAGUAUUAAAAAGCGUUCAAAGUUUGGGCAUAGCUAUAGUUUCAGGUUUUUUAAUGACACAUUUUUUAAAAUUUUGAAUAUGAUAUCUAUUCUGGCAUAAUUCUCUAAACCUAAACUUUAAUUUGUCAACAUUGGUAUAAAUUCUGGCAUGAUUCUCUAAACCUAAACUUAAAUUUGACAACAGUGUAUCUCUGUCAUUCUCUAUACAGACUGAAAAGGACAUACUGAUGUCAAAUUUAGUUUUAAGUUUAGAGAAUCCUGCCAGAAUUGACACCAGUGUAUCCUUGUCCUUCUCUUUAUAGAAUGAAAAAGAGAGAUUGAUGUUAAAUUUAGUUUUAAGUUUAGAGAAUGAUGCCAAAAAUCGACACCUUUAUCAUCAUCAGCCUAUUAAUGCCCCUACUGCUGGGGCACAGGCCUUCCCUAUGGAUGGAAUAUGGAGAUUGGGCCAUGACUCAUCACGCGGGUCCAGUGCGGAUUUGUGGGUGCUAACGACUACAGAUGCAGCCGGGACCAACGGCUUAACGUGCCUUCCGAAGUACGGAGGAACUCGAGAUAGAAGAUUUUUGGUCACCCAUCCAAUGACCGACCACUGCGAAAGUUGCUUAACUUCAACGAUCACCUGCGCCAUCGAGCUCCUCCUUUAUAUGCGUAUAAAAUUCGAACUAUUGAAAAGCAUUAUAUUUUUGUUUGCCAUUUGUCUCGGAAGAAUGUAAAUACAGUACCUAUAAAUACCGCAUUAACUGCACGGAAACGGCACAAAAAUAUCAUUCGACGAGGACAUAUUUGUGGUAGUCUUCGUUACACACGCACACAUUAACUGCUUUAAUACAAUCUGACAUAAGAGUCACGCACACAUGACUCUGCGAGAAAUAUCAUGUCGUAGCACUAAUAGUAAUGCAUUAUAGGAUGCGUUAAUGCGAUAUUUGUUUUUAGUACAUUAUGAAAGAGAACGGUUACGAAGUAACACACUACUGCGAUAAUAAAGACGCAAUUGAAGUACCGAUGUCAAAAUAUCGCACUCGACGUUAUAAAAAUGUAGCGAAAUGUAAAGAAAGCAAGAACAUCCUUAUUCCACGCGCUUACCUACAUGGCGACCCCUUUGGGAAAUGUCUUUUUUAUAGAUAGGUCCGACAAAUGACUCCUCCCCACCUGAUGUUAAGUGAUGGUGAAGGUUAUGUAAACUACCUUCAAUUAAAAGACCAAGUCUCUUUUGAUAAUGUUUCUUUUUAAUUUAUUUAUUUUUAAGUUGCUAAACACUAUCAAGUUUGAUAUAGAUGCAUAAAUUUUAAUGCAGAUCAAAUUAAAGUAUUAACCGGUAUCUAAGUUAUUCUAGAUAGAAUAACAAUAUCAAUAGAUAUUGAAGAAAUUAGCUCAUAAUCUAUUCGCAUACAUUACUUAAUUGUACGCUGCAGUCUCUUCUUUGGAAUGGUGUACUCUCACGUGCAGUUUCAAACUGGUGACUUGAACAAAAGCUUUCCCGCAUUCCUUACAAGCAUAUCUCUUAUCAUUCGUAUGGAUCCGCCUGUGAAACUCUAAAGUUUUCUUACGCUGAAAGGAUUUCUUGCAAAUAUCGCAUUGGAAUGGCCUCGAGUCGUCGUGACGCACCAUGUGUUUCUUCAGCAAAUCCUUACAGAACACUUUGAACCCACAAAUCUCGCAAGCUAUAGAUUUCUCCUUCAAAUGUAUCCUGGCUUUGUGUUUGAUCAAACGGCUUUUGAGUGUGAAAACCUUCGAGCAGACAUCGCAUGUGUGCACGCUGUUCUGAACUUUAUGCACUAAGGCCAAGUGUUGCUUUUUGAAGUACCUGCUUGUCAAAACCUCUGGGCACUUGGGGCACUUCAGCUUUUCAGCUCUAUGGACUUUUUCGUAGUGCACAGACAAAGCGUACUGAGAGGGGAAAACCUUGUGACAUUUCUCGCAUUCGCUCUGACCGUGGACAUUCUUGAUAUGGCUCGUCACAUUCGACUUCGCCACGAACCCUUGGCCACACAUCUCGCAUAUGAACGCGUUAGACUUGUUAUGAUACUUGUGCAUGUGUUUCAACAGCGGCCCGAAGAAUUUGAACGUCUGCCCGCAUUCCAAGCAGCUCAUAUCCUCAUCGGAAAGCUUGUAUGCGAAGAAGUCUUUGCCCAGUUCCUUGUUGAAUUGCAAAUCGUGAACUGUUACCGCGUGCGUCAGGAAUUCGUCUAAGCUUCGAAUGGCUUUGGGACACAGUUUGCACGAUAUAUCCGAAACAUCGAAUUUUAUUCUCGUCGUUCUCACGAAUGUGAGCACGUUUUUUAACUUGGCUUCUUCGUGUUCUGACCUCGUGUGCCGUUUAAGGUUGCAGCUGUCUUCGAAUGGGCAGCAGCAAUAGAAACACAUGUACUUGUUGGAAUACCACCUGAAAGGCAUGAUCGUGGAGUUCUUAACUAUAACUGAGAGGAUCUGGAGCAGGUCUUGUUUGGUCUGUUUGCUGGUGUGAUGAGCUGAGCUGUCGAGUU